AUGGAUGGGACUGUGCUCAGGACCAUUAUUCUUUUGUGCAUCUUCACCAAAUGUAUCAGUCAAACUCUUGCACCAACAGAUGCUACAAUGACCACAUCAGGACAAAAUAUCACAACUUCACAAAGAGUCACACCUCCAGGAUCUACUGCUUCUGUGAACACAACCCGCUCCACUGAGAGAACUCCUGAUCAACAGAGCAGUGUGGGCACACCACCAGCAGAGGGCAGCACCUCCACGGGCUUCACUACAGGUCAAACUCUUGCAUCAACAGCAGGAUGUGCAGGUCCAUCUCUGCUCUGUUGUCCAGGGCGAAACAAUAGCUGUUUUGCAGCCGCUGGAUGUUUUUGUGACGAGAUAUGUCUGACUCUUGGAGACUGUUGCUCUGAUUAUGUCUCCUCCUGUAACCAAACAAAUGCUACAAUGACCACAUCAGGACAAAAUACCACAACUUCAGAACAAGACACACCUCCAGACAUGCAAAAAACCCAUGUUUACCUCAAAUUAAAAGUCCAUACCAGCUCCAGAGAAAACCAAUCUGCUCUUCACACCAGCCUUUCUAAUGUCAGCUCUCCCUCCUCCUCACGUCCGCGCUGUCCACACCAUCAGGCUGCAGAGGUAUCCGCGGUUCCCUGCGGUGUUUGGAUGUCGAAGGCCCCAGUGUUAUUGAUCCUGAUUGGGCCUCACAGGAGGAGAUUCCGGCCUGGCUUUGACCCGCACUUUUCCAUGUUUCCACCCUUCUUUCAGAUCAUCAAGAAGCCGCCGCCGCUGCUCCCCGUCCACAUUGGCUUGCAAAUCCCGACUUGGUCCUUGAAGCAUGACGCACAAAGCAGUGAGUUCCAGGUAACAGGAAACAGUCUUUUGGUCCUGAUUAAUCCAGUCUUCCAUAGUUUUGACUAG